AUGUCUUACUUGAAGAUUCUGUUACUUGGAGAUAAACCACAAAAAAUGUCCACUACUAAAGAUCAAAUUGAGCCUAAAAUUACCACCGAAUCGUUUGACGAAGAGGUUGAUAAAUUUGCUGCUGUUUUCAAAGGUCUCGAAGACAUCAAUUUGGAAGCUGAUAAAGGUGAAGUCAAUCCAAUAUCUCAAACCACUUUGGAAUCCUGGGAAAGUGAUUUCCAAGCUCUGGCAAAGAACAUUUUGACGCAAAAUGCAUUGGCCAAUACAACAGUUGACAAGGUUAUAGCCAGCUCUGACUCAAAAACAAGGUUGAAGGAUAGGUAUUUGUUUAAUGUCACUGUUGACACUAUUGGUUCACCAUCAUUUGCCAACAACCAGAAAUCAUCAGGAAGAUGCUGGAUUUUUGCUUCUUCAAAUGUUUUCAGAGCUCAUGUCAUCAAAAACUACGACUUGAAAGAUGAUGAGUUUCAGCUUUCACAAAGCUACUUGUAUUUCUAUGACAAGUUGGAGAAAGCUAAUUUCUUUUUGGAAAACAUUGAAGAUACCGUUGAUGAGGAAUUGGACUCAAGAUUGAUUCAAUUCUUGUUACACGAUCCGGUGGGUGAUGGUGGUCAAUGGGAUAUGAUUGUCAAUUUGGUCAACAAAUACGGGUUAGUUCCUCAUGAAGUGUUCCCAGACAACAGUCAAUCGACCGGGUCUGCCAAAUUAAACUACAUUGUUACUGAAAAGCUUAGGGAGUUUGCUUUGAAAAUUAGAGAAUUAAAAGCGUCAAAAGCUUCCGAUAAUGUGCUUCGCCAAUUUAAGUUGAGAGCGAUGAAGACAAUUUACAAGACAUUGUCCUUGACUAUUGGCUCACCACCAAAGCCAACUGAUGAAUUUGUAUGGGAAUUCUUGGACAAGGAUGGAAAAUACAAGCAUUAUAAGACAAAUGCGUUGGAUUUCUACAAGACCCACGUAAAGUACAAUGCUCAAGAACAUUUCUCCUUGAUUCACGACCCAAGAAACGACUAUGAUAAAUUGUACACUGUUGAUAGAUUGAACAAUAUCUACGGUGGUAAACCAAUUGAGUAUGUCAACACUGAAAUCGAUGAAAUCAAGAAUGUUGCUAUCAAGAUGUUGAAGGAUAAUGAACCAAUUUUCUUUGGAUGUGAUGUUGGCAAAUUCAGUGACAGAACAACUGGUGUUUUGGACAAUACUGGUUACGAUUAUACCACUGCUUUUGAUUUUGAUUUGGAAUUGUCCAAAGCUAAUAGAUUGAAGACUGGUAGUUCCUUGAUGACCCAUGCAAUGGUUAUAAGCGCUGUCCACAUCGAUCCAUCCACUGAUAAACCUGUGAGAUGGAAGAUUGAAAAUUCUUGGGGGGACGAAACUGGUAAGAAAGGUUGGUAUAUGAUGUCUGACGAAUGGUUUAGUGAGUUUGUUUAUCAAAUUGUCACCACCAAGAAGUAUGUCAGUAAGAAGACGUAUGAUAUUUGGAAGAACAAGGAGUUCAACACCUUGCCAUAUUAUGACCCAAUGGGGUCUUUAGCUUAG